CUUCGAAGCUCCACACAAGAUAGAUAAGCCCUCCAGAUCAUACCGAACACCUGCCACUUCAGUAGAACACACUUGAUCUCAGGCACAGGAAGUUGAUAUCAGAAAAUGCAGGCUGCCGCUACUGCCGUUGGGUUCUCGGCCGUGCUGCCUGUCAAGGCCCGGCCGGCGGCGAGGAGCACGGCGGUGGCCCGCGUCCCUGCCACAAGGAGGAGCGUCCGUACCGCCGCUGCCGCCGUCGUCGUCGCGGAGCCUGCGGAGGUCGACUACAGCUCGAGCUUCUCGGUGUUCCCGAUGGAGGCCUGCGACCUGCUCGGCGGCGACGCGUGCAUCGGGAAGAUGUUCCCGGAGGCCAAGCUCGCCGCGGCGGCGCCGGAGGCGAGCAGGAGGGUGGACGCGGUGGAGAGGGACUACCUGUCCUACGACGGGCCAAAAACGGUGUUCCCGGGCGAGGCGUGCGACGACCUCGGCGGCGAGUUCUGCGAGGCGCCGUACAUGGACGGCGUCUCCAGGGACGCCUGAAGCCUCAAGACCUGACCUGAUCCAUCCAUGUCUGUCUGUCCAGACUCCACAAACAAAAUUGGCCUCACUGUCGAGUAGAUGGAUGAUCUCAUGAUCCGUUCACACCAUGUACGGUAUUGUGUAUAAACUUACGUAGUUACACGUAGUAGAUCCCGGGGGAGCUAGCGUGCGUGUGCGUACGUUGGUACUCUACAGAAUAACAGCAGCCAGGCAAGGCCAAAGGGUGUAUAUAUGUAUGUCAUGUAUAUAUGUAUGUAUAUGUAUAUAUGUAUGUCUUGGCCUCUUGGGUUGUGUCAGCUGUGAAGAUUGGAACGCAGUGCUGUGGAACUUACGCUACAACCGAUAUGUUCCCUGCA